CACUCGGACCACACGGUGGGGCUGUCCAGCACCUGGAGCCGCCCGCUGUACUGCUCGCCGCUCACCGCCCGCCUCCUGCACCGCCGCCUCCAGGUACGUGCGCCCGGCCCCGGCCCCGGCCCCGCCGCCCGCCCCCGGUCCUGACCCCCGCCCUCACCGCCCGCCCCCGCAGGUGCCGGCGCGCUGGAUCCGGCCGCUGGAGGUGGGGCAGAGCCACGUGCUGGGCGAGGAGGUGACGGUGACGCUGCUCGACUCCAACCACUGCCCCGGCUCCGUCAUGUUCCUCUUCGAGGGCGCCUUCGGCACCAUCCUCUACACAGGGGACUUCCGCUACACGAGCGCCAUGCAGAGCGAGCCGGCGCUGAGGGGCCGCCACAUCGACCGCCUCUACCUGGACAACACGCACUGCCACCCGCAGCGGCCCCUGCCCUCGCGGCAGCGCGCCACGCGCCAGGCCGCCCACGUCAUCCGCACGCACCCGCGGCACCACGUUGUCAUCGGUGUGUACAGCCUGGGGAAGGAGACGCUGCUGGUGGACCUGGCGGUGGAGUUCAGCACCUGGGUCGUGGUGAGCCCCUGGCGCCUGGAGCAGAUGCGGCUGCUGGAGCUGCCCGAUGUGUUCACCGCUGAGGAGGGGGCCGGCUGGAUCCGUGCUGUGGACGUCACCGAGAUCCGCUGGGAUACCCUCGUCAGCUGGAACACGCUGCACCCUACCAUCGCCAUCCUCCCUACCGGCAGGCCCGUGAAGGUCACCCACCCCAACAUCCACCCCAUUCCCUACUCGGAUCACUCGUCCUUUUCGGAGCUGUGCGAGUUUGUGCAGUGGCUGAAACCUUGCUCGGUCAUCCCGAUCGUGAGGGGCAGCACGUGCCAGGCGUACUUUCAGAAGUACCUAAGUUCUGCCCCCCAGGCACUUCCUGACCUCAAAAUCCCAAAGCCUGUGCAAGAGUCUGUACAGCAGCAAAGGAAGGGGCAGGAACCCACGUGUCUCUUGAAAAGAGCUGCCCGGCGUUCUGGGCCCCGAGGAGUUGUUUAUGAGUCCCCAGAGAAACAUCCUGAGAAAUCUGAAGAGCUGACAGGCGUUAAAGUUCUUCAGCAGAGCUACUGCGAGUCGGCUUUCUGCUCAGAAGAAGGCUGCGCUUGUCACGCGGGCGAGGAGAAAGGGCAGGAAGAGCCGAGUGGAGAAGAGCCAGCAGUAGCAAGGGCAGCUAAUGCUGUUGGCCAGGCACCUUCUUCCAAUGAGCACUUUCCAACUGGAUUUGCAGAGCAGUAUUUACUCACUCCAUUAAAUGUCCUAAAGCAGAAUUCCUCACAGAAAUUUGACAAGCUGGUGGAAGAUUUCUUUAGGAGGGGAGAAACAUCCUGAGAAAUUGUGUGGCACUUGCCAGUGCAGUUGAUAGCAGUGAUUCUAGAGGUCUUACUACUGCAUCCCAUUCUCUGUGCUCAAGUUUCCCAUCGGAAGUGAGGAGCUCAGCUAUGGGGCUCUACUUUCUUUACCUCUUAUUAGAGGACAAAGAGGAAACUAGAGCCAGUAUGUAGAUUUUUCUUAAAAUUUAUUUAUUUUUAUAUCUCUGUCUACAUCUGUUGGGUCUCCACAUCACACUCGGGCACUGUGGUCCCACUGGGAGUGUGCCUUGUAUCUACUUGUUGCAGUAACUUACCCGUCUUGUGACAAAAGAUACUGCCAGGUCGAUUCAAGUCGAGCUGCAAGAGGGCGUGAGCUGCCUGCAGCUGAAAUAAUUAAUGGGGAUGGAUGUGAUAAAGAAAGAAAGAAGGGGGAAUCCGAGAGCCCCAAAGGUUGUUCUUGCUAUAUCUCUCUAAUGCCUCAUUGGCAAUGAAGCGGUUCAUUCCAAGAUGCGUUACAAAUACUAUGUGUUAAGGUACAUUUUAAAAAUGCUGCUUAAAGAAAUCUAGAAAAUGAAGUCCUUCUAACUCUACUAACCUAUUUCUGUUAAUCUGCUAAUACCUCCAGACAGCACUGCCUGUGUAUCCAGCCACCUGCACUUUAUGCACGUCUGCUCUCCUGAAAGCACUGUCCUAAUGUUAACUGCCAAUGUCUUUUCAGGUUACUGGCUGGAAAAAAAAUAGGAAUUGUCUGGGUUCUUGAGUUCUGGACUUUCCGGAAUUGGUUACUAGAGCCUCUGCACUCAAGCCUGCAAGUCUGAAUUCCGCUUGACUGCAAAGUGCUUCUGGCAGCUGCCAGUGUUCUGCCAGGCCCACUGCCUUCCCAUCCACCGCCUGUUAUUAUCACGCAGUGGCAAAUGGGAUGGAAGAUAACGGACAACCACUUAGUGGUGUCAAGUGCUCAGUCUUAGCAGUAGUGUUUGGAAAGAAAUGCUGCGGCUGAACAGCAAGAUUGGCUCUGUUAGUUAGAGGUCAGGCACUUUCCCCCUCCAGAUCAGCUGCAGAGAGCCGCAGCCUGGCUGGCGCAGUGUGACUAGCCAGCGGGUACCCGCCGCGGAGCCUGGCAACUCUGUAGUUACCCGUGCCAGAGUGCACUAGCAGCAUUACAGGUUGGCUCCCGUGGGGUCAAGGCAGAACACUAGAGUGGAAAUGGUCACUAGGCACUUUCCUAGAGCAACAAAACAGCUUGUUGUUCAGCUUUUUCUAGGCUCCCUUUUUGUCGCUUUCAACACAAAACGUUUCAUGUGAUCCCAAUCAGCAUCGGAGUCUCUUCUGAAUGUACUGUCCUGCAAGGUCUCUCCAAGACCAGUCAGCAAGAUGGGCUGAAUUCCUGGAAUCGAGUCAAAGAAGCGUUUGCUCUUUGAGGAAAGCUAGGGCUUGUGGAAAGCGAAGAUGCCUGCAGAUGCAGCAGCCAUGCCUGUUAAAAACAAGGGUCUCCUGAACAGUAAUCAUGAUGACAACCAGAGUGGGUAUGUUUGCAAAGCUGUUUGGCAAACAGGAGUCCUAACUCCCAACCCUGUGCCUUCCCAGGCACUGCUACGUUCAUCACGCUAAUGUAAGGAAUGCCUCUCACUGGGCCUGCCUUUUGAUUGUGGCUGCCAGCUGCUAAGGGGAUGGGGGAAGUGAUGGAGCAGUGUUCUGUGAAAUACACUUCAAAAGGGGCAGCUCAAGCUUCUUGCUGUGGUCUGUACGGCCCUGCUCCGUGGAGGUUUCUGUAUGGCUUAUUUGCUAAUCAAAACUCAACUGCAGAGCCCCACCAGGUCAGCGUGAGGGGUGACAGCUGCAUCUUCUGUAACAUCUGAGACUGCCAGGAAAUAAUUGUGCUGUGCUUGUAGUGUUUUGUCUGCUGCUGGCUGCCUUGGAGAUGCAGGCUGUUAUUUCAAUAUUGUUGAAAUUUGACUCAUUUGACAGGCAGGUGAGCGAAGCACUGCCUGAACUCCCAGAUGCCACGUCCUGCUUGCAGCCUCUCCAUUGCUGAGAAGGAAUGCUUGCCUUCUGAGUCACUCCUCCAUUUAGGUAUGUUGCAAAUAACCUCAGAGAUCUGAUGCAUUUCACUGCUGAUGUUUUGUGGCAUCCAGCCUUUCCUCCUUUGUUCUUAAAAUCAACCAUUCUUAUCAAUAAUUUAUUCAAGUAAAGUAGAGAACCUCCUGGUGAACCUCUGGGCAAAAUGGGGUGGUUAAUUCUUUACAGAGGUAACUGAUCACACAAAAAGAAGCGAAAAUUGCAGAAACUUCAGAAGCUGGGGAUCUGUGACCCAUUUCUUCUGCAGUUUUAACUAAGCGUUCAGAAAUGCUGGCUUCUGUUACUAGAGCUUAAAAGGUAAUUCCUGCCACUUCAGAAAGAAAUUAUCCAAAUUAUAUAGAGCCAAUGAAACCUAAAAUCUCUCUGUGGUUUUAAAAGGCAGGAGAGACUUGACCAACAGUCAGCAUGUUGGAGAUCCUCGCCCCGGCACAGCAGGUGCAUGAGCCAUUUUGGAGUGACACAUGUUUCCUCCCUCUCUUAGGCAUUAAAAUACUACUUUUCUGUGUUACCGUGGAAAACAAAACAUGGCCCUGGGGGGAGAACUGGCAAUAUAGUAUUGCUGACUCUAAGGUUUCUGAGAAUCCUUCAGCUUCCCCUGAAGUCUCCUGGCAGUAAAUAGCUGGCCUCUUACAGGCCUUGUUCUCCCUCAUGCUUGCCUCCAAAAUUUCCCUCUUUUCCUAGCACCAGCCUAGCUCACAGCAGAGUGUUGGUACAGCAGAGUGUUGGUGCAGCCGAGAGCUGGAUUGUCUUGUACACUGGGGUCUGAACACGCUGCUCCCAGCUCAGCUGCGCAGGGCUCUGUCAACACUGCUACCAUGGGGGUGUGUUGCUCACAACGGUGACAAUGAGAAGCUGUAGCCAAGUAUUAGCUUGACUCUGGGGUGCUUGGAAACCUACAGUUAUCCCAGCAGGAAGAAAAAAAAUGGUGCUCGGACCGAACCCUCCCAAAUCUAUAUUUGCAGAGCAUGCCUGAGCUGCUUAUCUCUGUUCCACAGUUGGGAACAGAGCCCCAGUGGGAUGAAACAACCCACCCAAGGCCUUACAGAGGAGCUAGGAAUGAGACGAGUUGCUUUUGGCAAGUUUUCAGCACUGUUUUCGCAAGCUGUGAUCAAACGCUGGUAUGUCAUGGGGGCAGGGCAGGCUUAUGGUUCUGGGAGCAGGGCUCCCUGCUGAGCUUCCUCACAGUUGCCUGUGAAAGUCCAAGCACUAUACUAGGGACAGUUUAUUUGGCUCUAGCCUCUCUAAAACAGAGUAGAGAAUCGUGAAGGGGUACCCUGCCUAUGCUAUGGAGAGAAGGAAAUGUACUCUCUAAGUUUAGGUUGCUACCAAGAGACCAAGGUAUAACACAACGAGCUCAUGUGCUCCACAGCAAACAAGUGUAUCAGGUAGCUUUGGAGGGAAUACCCCAGAGCACCCUGCUCAGGAGUGUUUUUGUCUCUGCUUCCUGGCCUACAAGGCUAAACCACGAAAGAGCUGCUGUCCAUUUCUGCAGUGCAGUUGUUUCUUACUGUUACCCUAGUUAAAAAGUGCGUAAGGGGGAAAUCUUUUCCUCACCAAGAAAACUAAUUAAAUGAGUUUAUACAAUUUCCUUUAUGGUGUGUUGUAGCUUUGGGCUUACUCCAAAUUAACCUUAAAAUCUAUGGCUUUGUGCUCUUUUAUGGGCCCCUCUGAAAGAGUAGGACGUGUAGAAAAGGAAAGGUAAAGCCACCCAGAUAAUCAUGAGGUGCCUUUGUCAAAUGAGCCGCUGUCUGGGUAUGGUAUUCUGUGUGCAUUUGUGGUUACUCCUGCUAAAUUUGGGCUCUUUUGCUAAGGCCGCUGCACUGCCCAAGUUUUCUUUGCUGUCACUUCGUACUUGGCCAAAUGCCAGCCUCAGCACAAGCAGCCGUGAGUGUGCAGUAAGUUGUUUGGGACAGAGCACACUUGACAGCGAGCUUCUUGGCCCUGGCUCAGGGAGUCUAGGACUUUGUCAGCAGGUGCCCGGGAAGAUGAGAAUGAUUUCAUUUUGUGUGCAUGCUCCACUCAUGACAGACGUGCAGCGUGGAGCACCACGUGGGGUGGGUCCUGUGCUUGCUUUCCAGGCGUUGCUACCAGUAAAUGAUGGAGUGUAGGACUCAGGCCCUCUGCGAAGCCGUGCUCCUCACUCCAACAGGCAGGAGCUGCAGAACUCCAGGGAGGAGGAGGGAGAGCCCAGGGAGGCGAGUUCCAGUGAGCCCAGAGCGCAGACCGUGACAGGCUCCCUUGGGUUUCAAGGGCCUCUGAGCCAAGCCCUCGCUGAAGUGUGUGCCAUGCUUUAUUGGAGUUCACUGUAAGCCUGAAGAAAGUAAGGCCAAGAGAAGCGCAGCCCCCGAGUCCUCCGUGCAGAACCAAGACCCUCCCUUACCAGAUAGUACAGAGGGGUGAACUUCGAAUGGUGUUUUGUUGGAGAAAGAAAGUGGAACAUGUGAUUUCUUAAAUCUUAAGCACACACAGGUUACUUGUAGGAUUUUGCACAAAGAGCAAUACUGUCCCAUUCACGCUUCUCUACUGGCAGCUGCUUGUCUCACUGUCCAUUGCUAUGUUAUUUAGUGCCCCAAAUCAUGGCUGCACUUAGAGGUGCCCAGCAUGCUCUCGUGGAACAAAAAGCUGCACUGGAGUUUCUGCAAAGCAGAGACCUUCCUCAGUGCACCCUGAGCUUUCUGUCUCCCCAGGGAAUCCGACAGUGGCCCUGAGGAUGGUUUAGAAGGUCGCUUGUGUAAUGCCACCAAGAUGAAGGCUCCGUCAGAGUGCGUUCCCAGAUCAGACUUCUAGCGUGUGGCUGCACGAACUCUCCCACCCGCCUGAGGUGGAGUGCUGUGCUGACUGGUGGGGGCCUCCGCCGGGGAAGUGACUGGCGGGAGGACGGAGGUGUCUCUGUGGGGAGAGUCCAGCCCCUGCAGUGAGGGAUGCUGUGGAGCGUCCCCAGAAGCACUUUCAUUCCUGGAGCUUGUGUUGCUUUCAGCAGCCUCGGGGAGCCAGUUGCCUUCUGCAUUUCAGAAGGAUCAGUAGAGUCUUGUGUCCUUGUGUGUUUAUGCUUAGCAGAUAUUACUUGGUACUUUUUAAAGAUGAACAUACAACCGUCCCUGAUCAAUGCAGUCUUUGCUUAGUGCUGGAACUCCACACUUUUUAUCUGAGGUCUGAGACCCCUCCCACCCUCGGGGAAGUUAUGUUAUUAAAUGUGCUCUGACAUUCAGUGAUGUGUACGUGUGUUUUUGCCAACUUGGCAUUGCUGCUUCAGCCUUGGACUGCUGCGACCUGUUAACGGAUGCUGUGGGGUUACAGGACUGGGUGUCCAGCAGCCUCAGAAAGCCCGAGAUGACAAUGUGCGGAGGCUUUAGCUGGGCUGGCAGUCUCCAGCUUCCACCUUGUUACCGUCUGUGCCUGUAAUGAUCUAGCUAGCAAAGAGUGGGUUGCGAGAUCAAGGUAUUUUGAUUUUUUUUAUUACGUGUUUUUUUCCCACUAAUCUUCAUUGUCAUCUGGAUGCAAACUACUAGCCUUGAUUCUUUAUGCUCGUUAGAAGGUGCAGGCUCACGCUUAUUGCAUUACUGCUCUUCUGAGUAAACACAAAGCUGUGAAAGUU